UCUCGCGUCGGGUCAUCGUUGCUUCCAGCGACACAAAGAGACGGGUAGGGUUCCUUGCGGCCGAAGCGGCCACGCACGCACCACACCACAACUUAGACAGUCCACCCGCCGCCUCGCGGCUCCAAAACCCUCGCCUCACCCCCGCCCCCCUAGGGUUCGCCUCGCCUCGCCGCGCCGCGCCGCCGCAGCCAUGGGCUCCUCGCUCCCGGCCAAGGAGGCCAACCUUUUCAAAGUCAUCGUCAAAUCAUAUGAAACUAAGCAGUAUAAGAAAGGGCUGAAGGCUGCAGAUUCCAUAUUAAAGAAGUUUCCCGAACAUGGAGAAACUUUAUCGAUGAAAGGUUUGACACUAAAUUGUAUGGAUCGGAAAUCUGAAGCAUACGAGCUUGUUCGCCGUGGCUUGAAGAAUGAUCUGAAGAGUCAUGUGUGCUGGCAUGUGUAUGGUUUACUUUACAGAUCAGAUAGAGAAUACAGAGAAGCUAUAAAAUGUUACAGAAAUGCUUUGAGGAUCGAUCCAGACAAUAUUGAAAUUUUGCGUGACUUGUCACUUCUCCAGGCGCAAAUGAGGGACUUGUCUGGCUUUGUUGAGACUAGACAACAGCUUCUGACAUUAAAGCCAAACCACCGCAUGAACUGGAUUGGCUUUGCCGUAUCUCAUCAUUUGAGUUCCAACUCUUCAAAGGCAAUAGAAGUUCUGGAGGCAUAUGAGGGGACACUGGAAGAUGAUUAUCCCCCAGAAAACGAGCGAUAUGAACAUGGUGAAAUGCUUUUGUAUAAGAUAUCGUUGCUUGAGGAAUGUGGGAUGCUGGACAGAGCCCUUCAGGAGAUGCACAAGAUGGAGAGUAAAAUUGUUGAUAAGCUCUCAUUCAGAGAACAAAUGGCCUGCAUUUUGUUGAAACUUAGCCGUUUUGAGGAGGCAGAGAAAAUAUAUAGGUCCCUCCUUUUUAUGAAUCCUGAUAACUACAAGUACCUCAUAGCUGUGCAGAAGUGCCUUGGCCUAUACUCUGAAAAUGGUCAAUAUUCCGCUGAUGAUGUUGAACGAUUAAGUGCAUUAUAUAAAUCACUCAAGGAAGAAUAUAGUUGGUCAUCGGCUGUUAAGCGCAUACCUCUUGAUUUCCUAGAAGGUGAGAAAUUCCACGAGGCAGCAGAUAACUAUGUCAGACCUCUAUUAACCAAGGGAGUGCCGUCACUUUUCUCUGAUUUAAGCCCGCUUUAUGAGCAUCCUGGCAAGGCAAACAUAUUGGAGCAAUUAUUUCUUAAGCUAGAAGAUUCAAUUAGGACUUCUGGAUGCUUUCCUGGAAGUUUGCAGAUGGAACCUCCAUCCACACUCAUGUGGACUCUGCUGUUGGUUUCUCAGCACUAUGACAGAAGGAGCCAGUAUGAUAUUGCUCUGGAUAAAAUUGACGAGGCCAUUUUACACACGCCAACUGUCAUUGAUUUGUACUCCAUAAAGGGGAAUAUUUUGCAACAUGCUGGCAAUUUUUCUGCAGCAGCAGCAUUAGCAGAUGAAGCUAGGUCCAUGGACCUUGCUGAUCGUUAUUUAAACAGCGAGUGUGUAAUGCAGAUGCUUCAAGCCGAUCAGGUCGGGCUAGCUGAGAAGACUGCUGUCUUGUUUACAAAAGAUGGAGAUCAGCACAAUAAUCUCCAUGACAUGCAGUGCAUGUGGUAUGAACUUGCUUCUGGCGAGAGUUAUUUUCGUCAAGGUGAUCUUGGCCGGGCUCUGAAAAAUUUCUUGGCUGUUGAAAAGCAUUACACUGAUAUGACUGAAGAUCAGUUUGACUUCCAUUCAUAUUGCUUACGGAAGAUGACACUUCGGGCGUAUGUUUCUAUGCUGAAGUUUCAAAACCGUUUGCAUGCUCAUGAAUACUUUCACAAGGCUGCUGCAGGGGCUAUCAGGUGUUACAUGAAAUUACAUGAUUCUCCAUUAAAAUCAUCUGCUGAGGAGGAUGAUGAGUUGUCAAAACUGCCAGCUGCCCAGCGGAAGAAGUUGAGGCAAAAACAGAAGAAGGCAGAAGCUCGAGCUAAAAGGGAGGCUGAAGAGAAACAAGAGGAUGAAACAACUUCAACCAACAGUUCGAAAUCUGGGAAGAAACAACAAGCAAGGCCAGUUGAUUUGGACCCACACGGUGAAAAAUUGGUCCAGGUUGAAGAUCCACUUGCAGAAGCCACAAAAUAUUUGAAGCUUCUGCAGAAUAACUCGUCAGAUUCAUUAGAAACUCAUAUACUUUCAUUUGAACUUAACAUGAGAAAGCAAAAGGUUUUACUCGCUUUUCAGGCGGUCAAACAGCUCAUUAAAUUGGACGAAAAUAAUCCAGACAGUCACCGAAGUUUGAUAAGAUUCUUCCAUAGGAUAAACAAUCUUCCGGCCCCAGGAACUGAUUCUGAGAAAUUAAUAUGGAGCGUUCUGGAAGCUGAACGGCCAGAUCUAAGGCAAUUACACGGGAAAUCUCUUGUUGAAGUAAAUAUAAACUUCCUUGAAAAGCACAACGCUUCUUUGACACACAGAGCAGCUGCAGCUGAAAUGAUGUACCUCUUGGAGCCGGAUAAGAAGCUGCAGGCGAUUAAAUUAAUUGAAGACUCAACAAAUAACACAGCGUCAGGAAAUGGUGUGCUUGGUCCCAUCAAGGAAUGGGGCAUUCAAGAUUGUAUUGAUGUAAAUAAAUUGCUGGAUACUGUUUUUGCUGAUCAUGAUGUUGCAAACAGGUGGAAGGUACGCUGUGCUGAAUAUUUUCCAUGCUCAACCUACUUCGAAGGUGUGAAAAGUGCUAUUACUGCACAUAUUCCCGGCAGUACUUCCGAGAGUUCACCAGAAAAUGGAGAUGUACCAAGCCCACAAGCAAAACUUGAGGGAGACGCACACAGUUUGAAUGGGACCGUGCGUGUUGUGGAUGAUCUGAGCAACCUUAGCAUGAGGUAAACGCGCCAACUAGUUGCUGCCUGGUUACAGCUGGAACAGAAAUAUAUUUGGAACUGGAGCCAGUGCCCAACUAACCAAAGUGCACGGCAAGAUAUCCAAGUGAGAAGGUGUUUUGUGCGCAGUGAUUAACUUCUUGAUGCAUUCAUUUGAAGAGAAUAUUAUUGAUUGGGAGCUGAGUUCUCUUCAAUCUCCGGUGAUUAUCUCUGUUCCAGCUUGUACCUUUUCAUUGUCAUCUUGCAUAUGGUGGAAGGCCAAAACCUUUCAUCCCAGUUACAAUGAGGCGCUGCCACGGUUUGUUGCUUGGCAGCAACAGGAUGUUACGAUUCUUUUGUCGAAGCCGAUCUUGAAUUUGUUGCCUGGUGGUUCUUUUUGUCGCAGAUAGCUACCUGCACGCUUGUUGGACUACAACAAUUUUUGGCAUAAGACAGUUGUUAAUCUCAAACUUUGUGAACCAUGAACGUGUUGUUUGCAGUAGUUGGAUGUACUGGGGGUUGCCCUACUUUUGCAACUUUUAGUCCCCAUGGUUGUAAAUUAGCCAAGUUAAUGGACAUUGAUAUUGUAUUUCGGUCUGUCCAGCCAAAUAAUCGUCAGUGUUAACUGAGUUUUUUUCUUCCACAUGUGUAAUAUGCUUUCACAUUUGGUGAAUUUAUUAUUAUUAUUUCAUGUA